GACCGCAGAAAAGAGGGGGGGAGCGGGAGCGGAGCUGGGACCUCCUGGGAGUCUUGUUCCCAAUUUGUUCCCUCCCUUUCCUCAUCUUUACAAGAAGUCUCGGGCAGUGUAGGUGACGCCUCUGAGUCUAGGCAGCCUGGAUCACGCGCAGAAGGGAAAAGGGGUCGUUCUCUAUUGACACCCCUUGUUCAGACUUUCUCACCUCAAGUUUUGUCUCUUCUCCGCCCCUCUCCUACUCCUAGCGCUGGGUUCUCCAAGAUUGUCAAAGCCUCCCCAGCUCCUCCUACUGUUUCUUCUAGGAAAUAGGGGGCCUGGGGGAGGGCUGUGAAGUAGAUGCUUCCAAGGGCUGGCAGGUGAGGCUGAGGAGAUCUGGGGACUGUGAGGAUAAGCUAUCUCCUCCUCUGCUGGUGUCUCUGCCCUGACCAGCCUGCAUGGGGGAAAUCUCCACAGGAAGGAGCUCUGUCAUCUCUUCUCACUGCUCUCACCCCUGGCAGAGCAAGGGCGGGCUUAGCCUGGAUCCACAUCUGCCUCUUCCCAGCCUCCUUCAUCAGUCUGUUCAGUGCCAGGUAACCAUGGCCUGGAGGUCUGAGAGUCUUGAGUGUGUACCCGUAGCCCUGAGCUGGGCAGCUCACUGGGCCAGAGACCUGUCUCUUGGGCAGAGCAUGUGUAUACCGGGAACCUCAGCUCCUUCGCAUCACUCUCUGAGCCCCAGUACCAAAUGUCCAAGAAAAACAGCUUCAGGGGAUCCCAGAUUCAGAAUAUCCACAGCAGAUCCCUCCCUGAGCUUGCAGAGUGCCUGCAUGGCCUGGGAAACAACCCUUCUUUAGCUGCCCUCCCUCCUAAUCCGGCUGAGACCCAGUCAGCUGCUCUGACUUCCUCCUCUCAGUUCCUCAUCUCCUUCCAGCCUGACUGCUGGCUUCAGAUCAAAAGGUGGUGAGAGAACCCUGCCUCCCCUUCCUGCCUCUCUUUCUGAUGUGCCUGAAGUUGCUCUUGUUCUCUGGAAAAUGAGAUUGACUGACACCCUCUCCAACCCCCCAACCCCUGAGAUUGCUGGUAUUUCAGGGACAGUUUUCUUGCUCCCCACUCAUGGGUCCAUUUCUCUAGGCAGAAUCCCUGUCUCCUCUCCUUGUUCUUGAUGGUACUUUUAGGCUAAGGCAGCUAGAGUGGAAGCUGAGUUGCAGACCAGCUGAGAAGAGAGCCUCUGGGGGCUGAGAUGGUUGACAGCGCUUAUUCUCACGCAUUCCUGGCACUCACCUGGUGUCGCCGGGCCCGUGUCCUGGCCUCACUGCUGAGGAUCACGAGUUGGCCAGCUGUGGCAUCUCUGUGGUUUGCUGCUGACUCCCCUCUAUUCCAGACAGCUGGGGAUUGAUGCUGCCAGAGAGAGGCUGAAGGGGCUUUGUAGGGGGAGAAGGAAGGGGCAGAAAGGGAGAAGCCUUGGGCUGCAGGACGGGACACUAUCCCAAAGUCUGCUUUCUGCCCAGUGACUAUUCUGGUCCUGCCCCAGGGCCAAGAAUGGGACGUGAGUAGCAGGCACAAUGGAGCCCUUUGUCUUCCUAAUCAUUUAAGCUUCAAGUUAAUGAUGGGCUCUUUUCAUACUGGCUGCUUGGGACAGGUCAAACUGGGUUUCUGUGUCUGUCCUCCCUGCUGUGGAGGUGGGCCUGUCUUUGGGGUGAAUGCCUGGGCUGAGGGUCCUGCUCCGAGCCCCGCUCUGGGCUCCCAUGCUCUGAAUGCUGCCUUUGUCCCGUGUCUUCCAGGUGAAGAGUGAAGGACCCAAGCUGGUGCCCUUCUUCAAGGCUACCUGUGUGUAUUUCGUGCUCUGGCUGCCCUUGUCCAGCCCGUCGUGGGUCAGCGCCCUCAUCAAGUGCCUGCCAAUCUUCUGCCUCUGGCUCUUCCUCCUGGCCCAUGGCCUGGGAUUCCUGCUGACCCACCCCAGUGCCGCCCGCAUCUUCGUGGGGCUCGUCUUCUCCGCCAUAGGCGAUGCCUUCCUCAUCUGGCAGGACCAGGGUUACUUUCUCCACGGUCUGCUGAUGUUUGCCGUGACCCACAUGCUCUACGCCUCAGCCUUUGGCAUGCGGCCACUGGCUCUUCGGACAGGUCUGCUGAUGGCAGUACUGGCGGUCCUGUGCUAUGCCGUCUUCUACCCAAGCCUCACGGGUGCCUUCACCUACCUGGUGGGGGUCUAUGUGGCCCUUGUCGGCUUCAUGGGCUGGCGAGCAAUGGCAGGGCUACAUCUGGUCGGGGCAGCCUGGCGCUGGACUGAGCUAGCAGCAGGCGGUGGUGCACUGCUGUUUAUCAUCUCAGACGUGACCAUCGGCCUCGACAAGUUCUGCUUCCCUGUGCCCUACUCGCGGGCGUUCAUCAUGUCCACCUACUACGCCGCCCAGAUGCUCAUCGCCCUGUCAGCUGUCGAGAGCCGGGAGCCAGUGGAGGACUACCGACUGAGCAAAGCCAAAUGAGGGUCAGGUUCUGGUUACCCCUCCCUUCUCCUGAGACUGGAGUCCAGAACCUGGGAGCCUGCCAGAGUUGGAUUGAGAUGGCCACAGUACCAACCUGGGGCAGCAGGUAUCACCUGUGAAAUGUGCAAGUUUGAGGGAUAAGCAGGAAAAAGAUCCUUCUAGCAAAGCAUGGUCCAGGACCAUGUUGAGAACUAAAAAAAGCCAGCCUAAAGCUCAUUGCCGGAGCCAGGAUCUUCCCACCUCUACCCUACCUGGACUGUCAGAGCCCCUCUGGGGGGCCGUGGUGCUCAGCCUCUUGACCUCCCCCACUUCUACUAGACGAAAGAGUCCGACUCACCCAUUUCCACUCUUUCAGAUUUACACAGAGUUGAGAGAGGAGGGGAGGAGUCUGUGCUGAGAUGCCCAGGGCUUGAAGCCCCUUUCACAGGCCCCUAGAUGGAAAGACUGGAUGAGAGUGGAGUCUCCCUUUCCUGCAUCUAUCCUCAUUACUUGAACAAUCUUAAUGUCUAAGUGUUGGGUGGGAAGGUGGAGGGGUGUCUGUCCAGGUAGGCAAGACUGGGGACUACUUUGGCCUUGGAAGUUCUGCGUACCAAGGAUUCAAGUUGGUCCCAUCUCUCAAAGGGCAUCCUAGAGCUCAGGCCCCACACCACUACCCUCAGACCCUAUCCCCAGGGCUAGGGUGAACCAUGCCAAAGGAAGGGGCCAGCCUGUGUGUGUGUGUGUGUGUGUGCGCGCGAGUCUUGUCUGUAUGAUCUGUCUCCCAGCCUGCCUAUGUCUUACUCUGCCAGCUGUCUCUGACCUGCUGUGUGUCAAAGUCUCACGGGGAGAGGGCCUCAGGGAGCUGCUGAGGGGUUGCUGAGCCUGGCUCCGGGAGCUGGGCCACCCCCCACAUACACACCCACUCUCAGUUCUUUCCGCCCUGCCCCUCCUGCUCUGGGAGCAAAAGGAAGGGGCUCCAAUGACACUCUCGGGUCAUAAGACCCAAGGCACAUUCAAUGCAAGGGGAGCAAGAAUGGGACUACUCCAUCCUGUUGCUCACAUGAAAAAAAAAAUAAAAAAAACCCACAAGAGUCA